UGCAUCACCACUCGCUCUGACCUUUCCACGCGCCCUCCCUCUGUGAUUGCGACAUUUCCGACCGCCCCUGAACGCAUCGCGCUGCGGGGCUGUUUGUCUCUGCGGGUUCAGUGAAGUCUGACCGGAGGAACCGGAGAGCCGCUUCAUCUGCAGCCGGCCGGAGCUGCGCUUCUCUCGGCGAAGAUCUGACUUUGUGUCCGCCGCUGGUGACGCUUCAGCCCCGGGGUUGAGUUGACAGUUUGAGCCGCUGAUCCGCCACCAUGAGUCCCAUCUGUUCCUCCCUCCCUGCCCCCCCUCCCCCAGCUCCAUCAUGCCCAUCCUCAAAAACCUCCCAGUACGCCUGAAAGGCGGUGGUCCAACGCUAGAGAACGCCUUGAUCCUGCGCAGGAUGAGCCUCAACAUCACCCCCCACCACCACCACCACAACCCCUUCGACAAUGACGAUGACAGCAUCCAUGACAACGGGGGCCACGGCAACCACUGGUCGCCCGGCAGCUCGCUCCUUGACGGCGACGUGCCCAGAGACCGCAACCCGUUUGAGGACGAGGAGGAUGAGAACGAGGCCAAUGAGGGGAAGAAGGGGAAAGGAGGAGGAGGAGGAGGGUCAGUGAAGGGUUCCUUCAAGUUUACGUCCCCGCUGAAGACGCUGGGAAAGCUGGGGAAGAACCUGAGGGUGUCGGGGAGGAGCAAAGGAAGCGCUACGCCCUCUCCGCAGGGGUCACAGGGAGCGCCCUCACCUGCAGAGAAGAAGAAGAGGGGGAGGAGAAGCUCUGAAGGAAGUCUGCUCAGAUUUGCGGGGAAAUAUCGCGACACCCUCAGCUCCCGUAAGGAGUCGCUCACCAAUGGCGAGCUGAACUGUUCGGAGAGCGAGUGCGACACCACCAGCCGCCGCCUGUCCUUCAUGAAGAUGGUGGGUCUGGGGAAGCUGAAGAGGGAGUCCAUGGCCGACCACUCGUCCCAGGGCCCUGAGGAGCAGCCGGUGAAGGAGGAGGUGGUGGAGGAGGUCAAACCCAGAGAGCCGCUGUCAGUCCUGGAGAUCCUGCAGCUGGUGAAGAAGCGGGACCUCCUCCUGGCCGACUCUCACAUCCUGGAGCUGGAGCAGGAGUGUAACGAGGCCGACCGGGACGCUGUGACGCAGCCGGAGGACGCCAGCAGCUCAAGCGUGAAGGACGGCGGCCGCCGGAAGGCGAAGGACGUGGAGCUGCUGUACGAGGAGCUGCAGAAGGAGCUGUGGGCCGUGGUGAGGGAGUCGCUGUGGUCGCCCACGGCCGGGCCAAACCUGGGCCUGGUGGUUCAGGUGCUGCAGCAGGAGGAGCAAGCGGAUAAAGAUUGCGCCCUCAAUGAGGCGGCGGUGGCGCCCGGCGGCUCGAGGCCUCGCCGGCUGAAGCAGCGGUGGAAGGAGGCGGUGGAGGAGGCCGCAGACGGAUCUCUGCCUCAGAAAGCAGAGUUCACCGCCGGAGAGCUGGCAGGGUAUCUGGACCGCCUCCGAGCCCGGGUGGUGGAGGACCUGGGGGCCGCCAAUAGGAACGUGGUGUCCAUUUACCCCGAAGAGUACCAGCCCUUCCAGGUUUAUGUGCAAAGCUAUCACCAGGCGGUUGCUAGGCGACUGGAGGCCAUCACCGACAACCAGCUGGAGAUAACUGACAUCUACUCUCUGCUGGACUGGCUGCACAACAUAUACAACAGAGACGUUCUGGGGACGGUGUGUAUUACGAGUCCGUUCAGCCGCUCUCAGCUCAGUCCUCUGCUGCCUUCAGAGACUGUGGACAGACUGGAGCUGGACUGUCUCAACUCCGUCAGAGCUAAAGUGACCACAGAGCUGAGCCAGGUCCUGGACGAGGAGGAGAAGAGAUGGAUGGAGACGCUGCACAUCGAGGAGUACCAGAUCACUCUGGCCAAGACUGUCAUACAGAGGCUGCAGGUUGAUCUGGAGCGUUCGGCCUCCAUCAACAGGAGUUUGGGCUCUAAAGUGGCUCAGUGCAGCCUCAACGGCCUGGCAGACUUCCUGUACAGUUUCCAGCGUAAAGUGGAGAUGUUUCAUGAAGGGAUGCAGAGCGGCAUGUUUGGAGACAACGAGGACGGAUACGUGUCCAAAACCAUCGCCCUGGUCAACUGCUGCCCUCCGUUCAGAGGUUUUGUGCAGCGCUGUGCUCAGUGUGACCCGUCGGUCAGCGAGGACUCUCUGCGUCGAGCCAGCAAAGCUCUGGAUCACAUCGUCCAGCAGGGAGUCAGAGUGCUGUCUGAACGCCUGUACCUGCACAUCAGGCCUUUCUUCGAGCGGCUGGUGAAGAGGAAGUGGCUGAGCAACACGGAGCCGUACGAGCAGAUCGAAGCUCUGAUCAAAGAACACUUCAAGAAAUAUCACAGGAUGGACAGUCCGCCGUACCAGCUCCUGGCGGCGGAGGUUCACCGCCGGGUGGUGAUGGAGUAUCUUCGCUCCGUCAUGCGAGGAAGAAUCAUCUGCACCUCUCUGAAGAUGAGGAAGAGGAUGGCCGGUCGGCUCAGAGAAGAAGGCAAACAGAUCAAAGUCCUCUUCAAGGACCUGGAGUCUCCGUCCAGCUGGUUGGACAGCGCUCUGUCUCACAUCUCAGAGAUCAUCCAGCUGGAGGACGUUCCCUCCAUCCAGAUGGAGGUCGGAGUUCUGGUCAGAGAGUUUCCAGACGUCAGGAAGAAGCACGUGUCGGCCAUUUUGAACAUCCGGGGCAUGACUCGGCAGGCGGAGCGCCAGGAGAUCAUCAACAUCGUCAAAGACAUCGAGAGCAGCGACGGCGGCGGCUCGGCUCGGCUGUCCCGGGACCGCGCCCUCUUCGCCGAGGUGCCGGUCACCUCUGAGGUCCACUGCCUGAACGUGGGCCUGAGCCGCAUCGCCCUCACCGCCUCGUCCUGCUUCACUUCGCUGCGGCCGCGGCGACGCAAAACCCGGGCGCCGGUCCAGGAAAACUCUGACGAUGUUCUCUGAACCGCCGAAGGUCUCGCCGCUCAGAUCUUUAUCUUCUCAAGACGCUCCUGACUGGAACUGAAACUGGAUUUAACUGGGAGUCAUAACUGGUUUGUUUGGAUAAAAGCAGGCUGCUGCGGUGGGUUUUUUUAUCAAUUAACUGUUCGCUAAGCCCCUCCCCCCCCAACAGCAACUGUCCAAUCACAGCUUAGCAACACGAACCAGUCACAGCAGGUGAAAUGCAUCAAACAGUGUGUUUAUCUCUUCUAAGACAGACCUGUCAACUUUCCUGUUUCAUAAUUUCUCACAUAAAUCUCCAGUAUUUCCUUUUUAUUAAUUUUUACAGUCAUAAAGAAUCCUAAUUGGCCCAAUCACUUCGUUCAAGCAGCCUCCUCCCUGUUGUCGUCUUCUUCUUCUUCUUUUUGACAAGUCACAAUCAGUCAGCAAACAGCGUGAAAAAUGGAUAUCAAAAAAGGUGAGACGCCUGCAAAAAAAAAAAGUGAACUAUCUGUGUAAAUAUAUAAAACAGUUGGAAGAUUAUUUUCCCAUUUCUGACAAAAAGCACGUCAGCAAACAGCCGAUGUCUCCAAACAUCACAAUAAAAACACAUCAGAGCUCAAAUUAAAGCAAAUUAAGUACGAAACAACAGUAAUGUAGAGGGGCGGGGCUUAAUGAACGGUCCGUUAUUUUCUAGUUCUGAACAACCUGCGACUGCUUUCUGCCCGUCAGGCUGCUGCUCGUUUCCUUCUGGGAGUCUAAAGUUCGAUAUGUUGAAGGAAAGAGAUGCUGAUAUAAGAUUUUAUCUUAAUCACUCUGAUUCAUUCGACUUUUAAUGUCAAAGAUCGAGUCUGAUAGAACUAAUCAGAGAAGAAGAAAAGAGGAAAGUCUGUGGUGCACGAGGAGUAACGGUGAUAAAAUCUGAUCUUCUGUUGUUCAGCGUGUGUAGAUAUCAGAUAGAUGGAUCAUUCAUCUACAGGAUAAAACACACGGCGACUUCAACAAAACGUUUUUCUUUACUGAAACAUUUAUUUGAAUUCACAAAUUUCCCUUUUUGAAACUGGAAAUUUUCUUCUGUGUGGAAUCAAAAAUUAGGAUUGAAAAUAAUUUAUUCUGAUUAAAACCUCGUAAUUCAUCACUAUGUCUUGAACUCUCAGCAACGUAAUGACUCAUUUCAGGUUUAGUUAAACCUGCAGUUUCAUUAAUUGAACUUAAUUUCUUUCAGCGAUCGUUAGCUAACAACGACCAACGCUAACUGCUUCAUAACCACAGAUUCUCCUUUUUUACAUUUCUGUUUCUACACCUGAAAAAUACAAACAUACAACAUGUAAAACAGACUCUGAGUUGUUGGAAGGGGGAUUUUCUUGUCUUUUGACGCUAGGCUAACAGUUUCCCCCCGUACUUUCAGUCUUUGUGCUAAGCUAGGCUAAACAUUGUGUUAUUUUUAUUGGACCUGAUUGACAAAUUCUGAUAACACAAAGAGUAAUUUCAGAGUGUUUGCGAUGCUUAAAAAUCAUUUUACAGCUGUUUGUUUUGUAGUGUUGGAAAAGGAUUUUUCGGGGCGUCAUGUGACCUGCAGUUCCGACUGUGGCCACUAAACCUAAAAAAACCACCUCACAGCCCGGACCGCUGUUGGAAAUUAUUUAAUUUUGGUUUCAAACGUUGGUGUGGUGGAAUGGAUGUAAAAUCACCUGUGAAAUCUCACAUUUCAGAAGAACUUUUUAACGUUCAUGUUCACAACAGACUGAACCAAACAGGAUCACGAAUUAUCAGAAUUUUUCUCGGUGUGAUUUCCAGUGUUUGUUUGGUGUUUCUUCUUCUUCGUUUGAGGAUCUUUUCUGCAGCGUUCGGGCUGCAAACUGUCCCACAUUAUUCCUGCAGGAUGUCUGGACGUGGAACUAAAAGGCACUUUAUACAGGAUCGAUUAAACAGAAACCGUCCUGUGUGCUGAGAUGGACUGAAAUGCAUUAUGGGACUGAGACCGAUCAGAUCAGAUCAGAUUAGAUCAUCAGGACUGCCUCGUUAGUUUCUGUCCUGCCGGGAUCAAUAAACUGAGAACUGAGCUCAGUUUGAAACGUCAGGACUCGGAGAAGCUUCAUAAGAAAACCUGGAGAGUUUGUAGUUUUAUUGUUGCACAUGAUAAAAGAAAAAAAAAAUCAAUCGAAGGUACUAGACGAUGAUCUGAGUCUCCAUCAUGCUGAUUGUAUUUAAAGCAGUGAUUAUACUUCAAGCUUUUGGUGUGAUGAGGUUUAUUAUAUAUGUGGUGAUACGGAGAUAAAUAUAGAUUUAUUAUUUCUUUUUGGUGGUUGAAUAAUCCUCACCAGUGUUGAUUCAAAGUGUCCGAACAGGUUAAAACUACAGUUUAACUGUAGAAGAAGAAAAGAAGAGGGCUCACUCUGUUGACAUUUGAGGGACAGAACUUCUCUUGUAUUUUAACAGUUUGUUCUGCAUCUUUUCACACCCAAACUUUAAAUCUGUGGCUCAUAAAUAACAUAAAUAAAAUAAAUUUAAACACUU